AUGAAUACAAAAUCAUUUAAUUUUGCCAACAAUCUAAAGGAUCGCGUUGGGCCGGGUACCGUGGUUUAUGUAAACUGGGACGGGAUCAAUGGUGGUCCGUUGGACUACGGAACGUUUGCACACAAUGCUCCAAUUAUUGGCCAUUGGGCGGGAUACUUGAUGGAAAAAUUGGCUGACGAUGGUGCAAUAGAUGUAUCGAAAUCGAUUGGUGUUGGAUUUAGUUUGGGCGCACAUAUAAUUGGCAACAUGGGGUACCAUUUGACACAAAAUAAACUACAAAUGGCACAUAUAAUCGCAUUAGAUCCGGCGGCACCGUGCUUUGAAGAUUGGCAUAAACUUCGGCCAGUUCAACGCGACGAUGCUAAGCUAGUGCAAGUGAUUCACACAGACGUAGAAUGGUAUGGUUAUGAACGGAAGAUUGGCCACAUCGACAUCUACCCAAACAACGGCAGAAAUCAACCGAAAUGCUCGGGAAAUAUAUUUAAAUUACAUUCAUGUUGGCAUUCUUAUGCAUGGAAAUUGUACAAACUAAGGGAUGUUAAAGCAGGUUGCGCCAAAAACUGGGACGAAUUCAAACAAAAUAUUAUUGACCAUACCAUUCCAAUUGGCCAGGAUUUAAAUUCGGAUCAUUCAGUUGAGGGCCGAGAUUGCACAUAUUAUUUGCACUCGCCAUCGCCAGCGGCAUAA